UUCAAAACCACACAUCAUUCACUGAUGUUGGACUUGCACUGCAAUAGAAAAACACAAAAAACCAUACUUGUGAGUGAACAAUGGAUACAAAAUCAAGUAGCUGGCGAGGGGCAAGUAAAAGCCUUUGCCUAGCCAUUUUUAGUUUCUUCUUCGUAUUUCAAAACUAUCCAAAUACCUCGGUAAUGUUUGUUCAGGCCACAAGUAAUGUGCACAUUGUGUAUAUGGGAGAGAGGCAGUAUGAGGAUCCAGCAAGUGUCAGGAAAUUGCACCACAAAAUGCUUUCAACUCUGCUUGGAAGCAAAGAAGCUGCCAGGAGUUCAAUUCUUUACAGCUACAAGCAUGGAUUUUCGGGGUUUGCAGCGAGGCUAACAAAAUCCCAAGCAGAAAAGAUUGCAGAGUUCCCAGGAGUUGUCCAAGUGUUUCCAAAUGGCAUCCAAAAGUUCCAUACAACUCGAAGCUGGGAUUUUCUUGGACUCCAUCAUUAUUCUCGAAAAAAAAAUUUAACAACAGAGGGCAAUAUGGGGGAUGGAACAAUCAUUGGCGUCAUAGAUUCAGGAAUCUGGCCAGAGUCUGAAAGUUUCAAUGAUGAAGGCAUGGGUCCAAUUCCACCACAUUGGAAAGGAACUUGCCAGCACGGAGAGCACUUCAACCACAGCAAUUGCAAUAAAAAAUUGAUUGGAGCUCGCUGGUUCAUUGAGGGACUCAGGGACCAAAUGAAGAUCCCAAUAAACACAACUAAUAACAUUGAAUUUCUCUCGCCACGGGAUAGAAUUGGUCAUGGCACUCAUACUGCCUCCACAGCAGCUGGUGGUUUUGUGGAGAAAGCAAACUAUAAAGGACUAGCUUGGGGUGUAGCUAGAGGUGGUGCACCUCGUGCUCACUUAGCAAUUUACAAAGCUUGUUGGGCCAUUGGUACAGGACGAUGCACGGACGCUGAUAUAUUAAAAGCAUUUGACAAAGCCAUAGAAGAUGGAGUGGACAUCCUAUCUGUGUCACUUGGCAUUGAGAUUCCAUUAUUUUCUUACGUUGAUCGGCGUGAUUCAAUUGCUAUUGGUUCUUUCCAUGCGACCACAAAGGGCAUUACUGUAGUAUCUUCAGGAGGAAAUGAUGGACCCUUCUCACAAACAAUUGUCAACACUGCUCCCUGGCUCAUCACUGUGGCAGCAACCACCAUUGACAGGGACUUCCCAACAGCCAUUACAUUUGGAAACAACCACACUCUUAUGGGUCAAUCUCAUAGUACUGGUAAACACAAACACAGAUUCACUGGCCUUGUUUACUCUGAACGCAUAGCAUCAGACUCGACAGAUGAUUCGGCCAAGGGUUGUCAUCUUGGGAGUCUCAACACAACAUUAGCAGCUGGAAAAUUUGUGCUGUGUUUCUCACUACCAAACCAACAGAAUAUGGUUUCUGCAUCGAGGGCUGUGAAAAAUGCAGGAGGGAUCGGACUGAUAUAUGCACAGUUUGAUGAUAACCUGCUUGACUCGUGUGAUGUAAUCCCUUGUAUUAGAGUAGAUUAUGAAGCAGGGACACAGAUUCUAACCUACAUCAGAAAAGCACGGAAUCCUACUGUGAAGCUUAGUUUCCCGAGGACUGUGAUAGGGGAAACUAUGUCUCCUCGUGUUGCAUAUUUCUCUUCCAGAGGACCCAGUUCCAUGAGCCCAGCUGUACUAAAGCCGGACGUAGCUGCACCAGGAGUGAGCAUUUUAGCUGCAUACCCACCAAUGGGUACAAAGCAUGGAAGUGGCUAUGCAUUCCUAUCAGGAACUUCAAUGGCUUGUCCUCAUGUCACUGGAAUAGUAGCUCUCAUCAAAUCUGCACACCCAGAUUGGUCUCCUGCAGCCAUACGAUCAGCCCUCGUCACUACUGCAUCACAAAAGGGUACAGAUGGAAUGGACAUAACCGAGAUGGGGCCAACGCUCAAGAAGGCUGAUCCAUUCGACAUUGGUGGUGGGCAUGUCAAUCCCAACAGAGCAAUAAAUCCAGGACUUAUUUACAAUAUUAGCAAACAAGACUACAUUCAAUUUAUGUGUGCCAUGGGUUACAGCAACAUAUCCAUUAGCAGAUUAACCAAAACAACAACCAACUGCAUGAAAAGCAACCACUUCUUACUUAACCUCAACCUGCCUUCUAUCACCAUUCCCAACUUGAAGAGGACAGUAACAGUCUUGAGAAUUGUGUCUAAUGUGGGAGACAUUAAUUCAGAAUAUAAAGUGCAAGUAGAAGCUCCAUAUGGUGUUCAAAUGGUAGUUGAACCUCAAAUUCUACGUUUCAAUUCAACCAUCCGAGCUCUUCCCUUCAAAGUUACCUUUUUCUCAACUCGAAAGAUGCAUGGAGAUUACAGAUUUGGAAGCUUAGUAUGGACAGAUGGCAAACACUUUGUGAAGAGUCCCAUAUCCAUACGUGCAAUCAAGUUUGAUUCAUAUGCAGAUGUAUAAACAAACAUGUAAAAAAUCAGAUUACCAUGUAAUUUCACUGCAUCAACUGUUUUGGAAGAAAAUUAUGUUGAAUAAAAAUUGCCAAGGGAGGGACCAUCACUAUCUAAUGGCUUUUUA